AUGUUUUUUUUUUUUCUCUUUCGUUGUCGCUUUCUCCUUUUCGUUUUCUUUUCGACCAAUUCAUUCUCCUUAGUCCUCAUCGCUACACUUUUUCUUUCUCUUUUUCUUUUCCACCUUUUCAUUUUUCCUUCUUUUUCUUUUGAUCCCACUCUUGCUCACUCUCACUCAUUUUCCUCAUCCUUUUUCUUUUCCGUCUUCUUACCUCCUCCUCCUCCUCCCCCUCCUCCUCCUCCUCCUCCUCCUCCUCCUCCUCCUCUUAUUUGCGCUCUCUUUUCUUCUCUAUUCCUUUUUUUUUUCCUGCUUCUUUUCAGCAUUCAUAUCUUUCUUUUAUUCUCUCUCAUCCUCUUUACUCUCAUUUUUCCACCCCUCUUCUCUUCUUUACCCUCUUUCCCCUUUUCUUUUUCUUUUCUAGCCCUCCAUCAAUUUCCCCUCUCCCUUUCCCUCGUUUGCCCCCACUCUCUCUCUCACUCUGUCUAUAUAGUCCUCUCAUUUUCUCUCUCCUGUUUCCCUACUCCUCUUCUCUAUCUUUAUCCCUCUCUCUGUCUAUAUCGUCCGCUUUCCAAUUUUCCUAUUAUUUCACACUCCUCCCUCCUCUAUACUCUCUCUAUGGUUUUCUUCUUUUUCUCUUCCCUUUCUGAUUCAUUUUCCUCCUUCCUUCACUAUACUUUAGCUCCUCCUCUCUCUCUCUCUCUCUGUCACUCGCCCUCCUUCAUUCUUUCUCUUUUUUCAUUCUUUUUUUUUUUCUCUCUCAUUCUUUCUCUUUUCUUCUUUCUUCUUUCAUUCUUCUUCGUUAUUUACGACCUCGUUCACAUUUAUCUUUUUCCUUUCUUUUACUUCUUCAUUAUUUCAGUGCAGUUUAACUCCUUCUUCUCCUCAACAUAUUCUUUAUCAGAUGGCUCCUUUCAAAUCCGACCCGCCCCAACGACCACAUAG